ACCGUAUCUACACGAAAGGCAACACAUUAUAUUUGAACAAAGACCCCUUAUUCCCCGGUCAUAUCUACCCUUACAACAACAUGGACCACGGUGACCACUCGAAACACACUAUGCCUGACAUGGACAUGCCCGCUUGUUCGAUGAACAUGCUGUGGAAUAACCAAGUAGCAGACACAUGCGUUGUCUUCCGCUCAUGGCAUAUCUCGGGUACUUGGACCAUGAUUCUUUCUUGCUUUGUCAUCAUUGGCAUCUCCGUUUUCUAUUCUUAUCUUCUUCACUACAUCAAAGACUACGAUCGUCAUAUCGCUGCGGCUAUCUAUUCCUCUACGCAGCCAGGUCGAAGGGACAGAGACGGCAGCCCUGCUGAAACCGGUCUCAUACCACCUAUUCCGACUGCGUACGGCGGGAUUGAAGUAGGCGCUUUGAACAAAAUUGGAGUUACCAGAUUGCCCCUCAGAUUGAGACUGAUGAGGGCUGGACUCUAUGCCAUUUCCGUAGCCAUUUCCUUCUGGCUCAUGCUCGUCGCCAUGACUUACAACACGUAUCUCUUCAGCUCCAUCGUCGUUGGUGCUUUCUUUGGUCAUGUGAUGUAUGAAGGUGAGAUGGAUAUCGGGGCCGUGCUGUCUGGUACGAGUGGGAAAGGGUUGGCUUGUCACUAAGCGGUUACUAAAGGGUUGGCUUGUCGCUAAGUGGUUAUUGGUGUAGAACACAAUGUACAUUUUAUCUGGCAUUCAGAAUCGAUCAAACGGCUAUGUU